GAGAUCCUUGAGUAACUGCAAAUGCAGGAAUAUUUUGACAUCCAGGGUAAACAUGUGUGCCUACUACAGGAAUAACGCAUAUGAAGAAGAUCCAGGUUACCCUGACUAUUCCGGGGCUCAGAACCAUACACGGGGAUAUGUGAAAACUCGAGAUUAUCCAGAUUCUCCAGGUCCUCUGAACAACUCGAACUACCCCAGCACCAGGAGCAACCCAUACUCUGUAGGAUCGAGAAGUUCAGACUAUCCCCAGUCUUUGGCAGAACCAGAUUAUAUUGGAUCUCAGAGCAAUCCAUUCCACCCAGGCUCAUCCAGAGAGCCAGGUUACCCUGCAUCUCAACAAAAUCCUGAUUUUGCAGAUUCCAGAGGUGGUGGACACUAUGCAAGCUCUAGAACAAAUCCAGAUUAUCUUGGCCCCUUUGGAGAACCAGACUACCCUGGAGCUCAGGGAAAUUCUAACCAUCCUGGCCCCAGAUCCCAUUCCAAUCAUCCAGGUUCCAGAAGGAAUCCAGAACAUGCUGGAUCCAGAAUCAAUCCAUAUAUAGACACUUUGGGAGAGCCUGAUUAUCCAGGUGCUGAGAAUCAUUUUAAGUCUCUGAACUUUUUUGAGGAACCAGACUAUCCUGGUGCUGAGGACUACCAGAACUCUCCAGACAUUUGGGGGGCACCUGAUUACCCAGGUGCCGAGAAUGAUCGUGAUUAUGGCUCUUCUGAGAAUCCAGUGCUCAGCAGAACAUCUUCAAUCCAGCCGUCAUUUCACCGUGGGGAUGAUGACCCCUUGGGCAUCCUUGGGAGAGAGGAUGGAGAUUACCCUGAAAGCAUUGAAAUGAACUCCAUGGAGAUGGCAAACCCAUAUGGCCACCCUGUACCAGGUGCUCCUGGCAAUGGCUAUGUGAACCCUGCUUAUGUGGGUGAUGACAGCCCCGGUCAAGCUUACGGAGACCCACUCUUGUCUGGAUGUGAUUGGCUCAAGUCACCCCAAGGACAAAAGUUAAUCGCAUCGCUGAUACCCAUGACAUCUAGAGACAGAAUUAGAGCCAUCAGGAAUCAGCCAAGGACCAUGGAAGAAAAAAGGAACCUUAGGAAAAUGGUUGACAGGGAGAAAAGCAAGCAGCCUCGUGGUGUCCUAGACUUUCACUGCUGUGCUCAGGGUCUGAGCUCCAUUGCCCUGGCGUACCGGAGAGCCAAGAGUAGCCUGUCGGAGCUGCUCAGUUCCAUCAGCCUGUGGCAGAAGACGCUCAAGGUCAUCGGAGGCAAGUUCGGCACCAGCGUGCUCUCCUAUUUCAACUUUCUCAGGUGGCUUUUGAAGUUCAACAUUUUCUCGUUCGUUGUGACCUUCAGCUUCAUCAUAAUCCCUCAGUUAACUGUGGCCGAAAAGAACAACCUCCAAUUCACUGGACUGGAAUUUUUAACCGGGGCGGGUUAUUUUAGCGACACAGUGAUGUACUACGGCUUUUACACCAACUCCACGAUCCGGCACGGGAACGGUGGGGCGUCCUACGACAUGCAGCUGGCCUACAUCUUCACAGUCGGAGUGUGUUUGGUCAUCUGCUUUUUCAGUUUACUGUUCAGCAUGGCCAGGUACUUCCGGAACAACUUCAUUAACCCCCACAUUUACUCCAGAGGGAUUGCUAAACUCAUUUUUUGCUGGGACUUCACUGUCACUCACCAAAGUGCUGUAAAGCUGAAACAGAAGAAUCUGAGCACAGAGAUCAGGGAGAACCUGUCAGAAAUCCGUCAGGAGAACAUCAAGUUAACACUCAAUCAGCAGCUGGCCCGCUUCUGUGCCCACCUGGCAGCCUGGGUUGUCUCCACUGGAGUGGCCGUUGCCUGCUGUGUAGCUGUUUAUUACCUGGCUGAGAACAACUCAAAGUUCCUGGAGAACCACAGGGAACCCGGGGCGGUGCUGUUACUGCCUUUCGUUGUGUCCUGCAUCAACCUGGCUGUGCCUCGCCUCUACUCCAUGUUCAGGCUGGUGGAGCGCUACGAGAUGCCGAGGCACGAAGUCUACAUCCUCCUGAUCCGAAACAUCUUUCUGAAAAUAUCAAUCAUUGGAAUUCUCUGUUACUAUUGGCUCAACAUCGUGGCCCUGGCUGGUGAAGAGUGUUGGGAAACCCUCAUUGGCCAGGAGAUCUACCGGCUCCUUCUGAUGGAUUUUGUGUUCUCUUUAGCUGAUUCCUUCCUGGGGGAGUUCCUGAGGAGAAUCAUUGGGAUGCGACUGAUCACAAGUCUUGGCUUACAAGAGUUUGACAUUGCCAGGAAUGUCCUGGAACUGAUCUACGCACAAACUCUGGUGUGGAUUGGAACCUUCUUCUGCCCUCUGCUGCCCCUCAUCCAAAUGAUUACUCUUUUCAUCAUGUUUUACGUGAAAAACAUCAGCCUGAUGAUGAAUUUCCAGCCUCCGAGCAAAGCCUGGCGGGCUGCCCAGAUGGUGACUUUCUUCAUCCUCUUGCUCUUCUUCCCGUCCUUCACUGGCGUCCUGUGCACCCUGGCCAUCAGCAUCUGGAGAUUGAAACCUUCCGCCGACUGUGGCCCGUUUCGAGGUCUGCCCUUCUUCAUCCAGUCCAUCUACAGCUGGAUCGACACCCUGAGUAAAAGGCCCAGCUACCUGUGGGUGGUGUGGAUCUACCGGAACCUCAUCGGGAGCGUGCACUUCUUCUUCAUCCUCACCCUCAUUGUGUUAAUCAUCACUUAUCUUUACUGGCAGAUCACAGAGGGAAGGAAGAUUAUGAUCAGACUGCUCCAUGAACAGAUCAUUAAUGAGGGCAAAGACAAAAUGUUCCUGAUAGAAAAGCUGAUCAAGCUGCAGGAUAUGGAGAAGAGAGCAAACCCAGAAAGGAGAGAUGUGGAGCAGUUGGGCCCUUUGCAUGUCAGGGAGCAUGACGCUGCUCCAGACCUGCGAUUUAGGCGAUCAGUUCAAGAAGAUAAUCCAAAGGUCUGAAAAUUUUUGUGGAAUCCAGACACCAACCAAAUGAGGAAAGAAGAUAAAGAUGGAACGACUUCUUCCAUGACACCUGGGCCUUUAGGAGCUUCCCAGAGGAGGAAUUCAAGCUGUCAGCCAGGAGUGGAAACUGACUACAGUAUAAAUACUAAAGCGAAGUUGGGCAUUCCCUGCUGGCUUUUCACUCCUGAAUUGCUCAUUUUUUCAAGACAAACUGGAAUUUUCCAGUAAAGACUGUGGCACUGUUUGAACGAGUUCACAAAAACCUGGGAAGAGAGAACAUGAGAAUGAUGUAGUUUAUCUUUAAGAGAUAUGCAUACGAAUUUUUGGUCCUUAGGAGUCUCUCCUCCCAGACAGAGCUCCCAGACCUGGCAAAGGUUUGGAAACUGGUACUAAGACAAGUGGCCCAGCUUGAAUAAAAAUGGGAUUCUCAGUCAGGGA